GUAGCAGCGAACAUGUACAUGGGUGUGGUUAAGUCUUUCUUACGCGUGUGGUAAAGUCAAUAAAGUUUAGGAUAAGUUUCGUUAACUAACAAGGGACCCAUCUUGCUUGGACCUCAGCAAGAUGCCCUCCAAGGAACACGUAUGACACAGGCUAACAUGGACGUGGUUGUGAGCAAGCAUAUGAGGUGCAAGGUCGACAAGGUUACCGAGAUCUUUUCAACCGAUGUGGACAGAUGGACACUGGUACUUGAUGGUCGUGGACGUACGCCGACAGAGGCUUAUGUACUUCGACUCUUUCAAGUAUCCAAUGGAGACUGAGUCAAGAAAACUUGCUAUGACGCAAGUUGUAAGUGUAGUGACUGGGUACCAGAUCAUACAUGUUAAUACAUGUUACUUAGGUUAAUACAUUUACCAUGUUAUGCUUGUUAGUUCUGAACUACGUACUAUGUGCCAUAUUAUACACGGUUAAACUAUGUUGUUGUGACUAUGAUGGCUGAAUUAUUUCCUUCGUCUCUGCUAGUCUUGUUAGUGUUGCUAUAUUAAUUCAUAAAAGUGUGAAAUGUUAAGAGAAAUGCACAUUGUCAGAUAUUAUAAAUAGCAUGGCACCUGACGGAGCCACCGUUUGUAGGUUGAACUUGUUAGAUACAAGUCGGACCCCUGGACAUGACUUAAUUACCUAUACUGGCUGCAUCUACUGUUAUAUGUAGGCCUUAUUUUUUUUGGGAAUAUUAUCGUAAAUGCUUUCCUCCUACUUGUUUCUUAAUCAGACAUUGCAUCUGGAAUCGUUAACAAUUGGACCCAAGUGGCUAUCCAAGACCACUGCUGAAAGACCACGCUUCUCGUCUUACCCUUUCGAGGAGCUUGUGGUGCCUCAGCAACAUCGGCUAUCGAUGGACUGCGGUGUAUGGGUCUUGCAAUGGAUUAUUAGGGGAGCUCUAUGGGCUAUACACAGUGUGACGACAGUAAACGAUCAAACUAGGAUGCGAAUAGCCGUUGACUUUGUAUUGAGAUCACACAAUGCAAAGAUAAUCGAUGUCGUGGAAAAGGCCAUGACUUUCUGGAGAAAGAAGGUUACGUCUUCGCAACGUGGACGGAAGCGAUAGGAUUAUACAUUGGGAAGAACAUAUAAGUCUGAUGUUGAGGGGACUCAGGAAAUUAUUUUUUGGUUUGCGUGCUCUUCUAAUCGGAACAUACGACCGGUGAUCAUGGACAUUGACACCUAAGGAGCUGUUUACAUGCGCAUCGUUUUUUUUAUAUUUUUUGUCUUUUGUUAGACCAGCAUUAGGGUCAACCUUUAUUUCGCGUGGGAGCCCAUGGCACUUGAUACGCAUAGUAAGAAUGAUAGGAGUUUCCAGCCCAGAUGCGGUUAGCAUUUCUCAAGUCUGAAACCAGUAUCCUGGUUGGAAACUACACUCUCAUUAUUACUAUGAAGAAUGUGACACUGCAUACUCACAAAUGGUGCAGACAAUAUUUUUUUUGACCAUCUUGCACAGUGUACAGGCAGUUAGUUAGUUUGCUCAAAAGUGGUAGCAGUGGUUGGCUGUAAACUUUAACAUUGGUGUCAUCCAUAUAUAUAUAUGUUUGCAGUAUGAAUUAUGGUUACUUUAGCUGAGUUCAUCGUUGAAUGGUUUUGGGCCCAACUUCAAUAAUUUUGAUCACCCUGUAAAAGAAAUAAUAGGGUGUGGAACAAGUUUAAACGCA